GUUCAUUCUAUAGUUAAUCGCCUUCUGAUUGAAUCUGUGUGUCUGGCUCGGAUAUUAUUCACUACAAGUUUGAGCUCGCAUUGUUGUCCAUAUUGUUGAUUUUGCUCGUUGUCCCGAGCCUUCUCGAUUUCCCUUAGAUUUCGCCAUGUCCGUCACAUUGAGGUCAGCUAGCCUGAUGCGCGGCAGUGGUGCGCUGCGAUCAAACCUGGUUGUUCGGCCUCGUUUGACCGGUGCGUUGGCUGCAACCACCGCCGCAAACCUGCGCCUCCACGGCAGAGGCUUGCCAUCCCAGAUCUCCGCCCUCGCGAUCCUGGUCCCCCAUCAGCGCGGCUAUGCCACCGAGCAAUCCUCCUCCACCUCCUCUGCCUCAGACCCCCUCCCUCCCCCCGGAUUCAAUGCGGAACAAGCCAAGAAGCCGCUCGCCGCCGAGCAGCCCACCAGCAACCAGGAUGCUGCUCAACAAGUCGUGCCUGCUUCCGAACAGGCCGUUACUGCCCCUGGCAAGACGCAAAACCCGGAAGCCUCAAGUGAAUUGACAGCCGCAGCCAAGAGCGCCGAGGCCGACAAGAAGAGCGAGGAGAAGAAGGAGACGAAGAAGUUGACGAUCGGCCAGAAGAUCAAGAAAGAGGCCCAGCACUACUGGGACGGCACGAAGCUGUUGGCUACCGAAGUCAGGAUCAGUUCUCGGCUUGCGCUGAAGAUGGCUGCGGGCUACGAGCUGAGCCGGAGAGAACACCGCCAGCUCCGCAGAACGGUGACAGACCUGGGCCGCCUGGUUCCCUUCUCCAUGUUCGUCAUCAUCCCCUUCGCCGAAUUGCUGCUCCCGGUCGCGCUCAAGCUCUUCCCCAACAUGCUGCCCAGCACCUAUGAAGGCCAGAAGGGUCGCGAGAAGAAGGCGCUGAAGCUCAGCUCAACGCGGAAGGAGGUGUCGGGCUUUUUGAAGGACACGCUGCGUGAGUCGGGUCUGCCGGUGACGGCGGCGACGGUGAAGAACGAGGAGUUCACCGAGUUCUUCAAGAAGAUCCGGACGACGGGCGAGUCGCCGACGCCGGAGGACGUGAUCAAGGUGUGCAAGAUCUUCAAGGAUGACCUGACGCUGGACAACCUGUCGCGGCCGCAGCUGGUGGGCAUCUGCAAGUACAUGAACCUCAACUCGUUCGGCACGGACGCCAUGCUCCGGUACACGAUCCGCCACCGCAUGCGGCAGAUCAAGCGCGACGACCGGGCGAUCUUCUACGAAGGUGUCGAGUCGCUGUCCGUGCCCGAGCUGCAGAUGGCGUGCGCCUCGCGCGGUAUCCGCACGCACGGCGUCUCGCCCGCCCGCUUGCGCGAGGAUCUGUCCGUGUGGCUGGAUCUGCGUCUCAAGCAGGGCGUCCCCUCCACGCUGCUGGUGCUGAGCAACGCCUACGUCUACGCGCAGGGCGGCAAGGAGGCGGAGAUGGCGACCCAGAUCGAGUCCCUGCAGUCGGUGCUGUCCAGCAUCCCCGAGGAGCUGUUCCACGAGAUCGAGCUCGAGGUGCACAACGCCGAGGGCGCCGCCACCAACAAGCAGCGCUUGGAGGUCAUCAAGGAGCAGCAGGAGCUGAUCGAGGAGGAGAAUAGCCAGAACAGUGAGAACGAGGAGACGGGCGUCUCCGCGCCGCAGGACACCGAGGAUAUUGACGACGACAAGGACGACGCGAAGUACCGGCCGUCGUCGCAGUCCGGCGAGGCCAGCGAGGCUGUCAAGGAGGGUGAGAAGGUCGAGGAGACCCCUGCGCAGCCGCCCAAGGAGGAAAAGAAAUAAGCAUUUUCCAUGCCGUGUGUUUUUAAAUUGACUGGGGGCGUUGUUUCUUGAAUUUGAUGACCCUGUGACAUAGACAUAUUACUCUACUUUUUGUCUUUUUUUCCUUUCUUCUAUUCUGUGUUAGUGUUUAAACAAUAUAGACUUUACUUGAG